ACUUGGAGCGCUGUAAGUUAAGAGUGCUAUCUCGCUGCGCUAACUUCGUGAGCGGCUGUCAUUGCGGAGUUAAUGAUAAUUUAUAUAGAAGGUUAUCGCAAUUUGGUCAUUGCAAACUUGGGUUUACCCAGCGAAAUACAGUGUAACAAGCGCACAAAGUCGUAGUGAAUUAACAAUGACAAAGUAUUGUGUCGUGCCGAAAUGCAAGACUGGAUGCAAAAGUGUCGCAGUGAAGUGUUCAGUUUUUAAAGUGCCAAAAUGCGACGAAUUGCGUAAAAAAUGGAUAUCUGCAAUCCCUGGCAUAAAGGACCUGAAACCCAACCAAUGCAUAUGUGAAAAACAUUUUGAUAAAGCAAGUAUAAUAAGGGAGCUCGUAAUGCGCGAUGCACAAGGAAACGUGGUAACCGAGGCUAAGUACCUGCGAACUCGUUUAUCUAAAUCUGCUGUGCCCACGAUUUUCUAUGAGUUUUCCUCGACUACGUUAGUUUCCAAGGACGAGGAUUUGCAGGAAGAAAAGUUGGGUGUAGAUGCUGCGAGUAAUGGAUCGCUUAACUCAGACGUGCAUUGUACACUAUCAAAAUCCAUCGAAAUCACAUUGCCUAUUCCACAGUCUGUUGAUGUGACAACCGAUGACAUUGACGAGUUUUUGCUCUCUGAAAGUACGAAUGUCAAUACAGAGAAUUUGAGUGCAAUUGAUUGCCAGCAAAGCAAAAAAGAAACAAAUGGUUUCACUGAUUGUGAGAGAAUAUCGGACUCGGUUGACCUAAAGCUCAUGAAAAGUAUCAGCAUUGCGUCGUACAAAGAUUCGUUAAUCACAAUACCAAAGUCGUGGAGUUUCACCGAGUCGUACAGAGGAACAAAACGGUAUUUGAUAUUCUCACACGUACGGUUGAUGACCAAUAAUGACACAGAUGGUCCUAUUAUAGACAAAAAUGUCAUAAUCGACGACGUAGACGGCACAAUUGAUUACAAGAUUUUUGGAAAAUCGGUCGACAUUCAAGAAAUUAAGAUCUUGCAAAAUAUGAACGAUUUUAUCUCUAAGCAAAACGAGCUGGCAAAUAUUCAGGACGAAACAUUGGAGAAAAAAUGUGUUUCUUUGAAUAUACCAAAAACAAUGCAAAAUACGUUGAUGGAAAUAAUAACUUCAGCAAAAACCUAUAAGAGAGGUCACCGAUAUUCAGAAGAAUGGAUAAUGCUCUGUAUGUUAAUGAACAUACGUUCGCAUGGAUAUUACGAAUUUUUACGUAAAAACAACGUUAUCCCAUUACCGUGCACUCGAACUAUUCGAAGUUAUUUUACAAAUAUCAACACAAAAUGUGGCUUCGAUAGCAAUUUCUUACAACUGCUCAAAAAAAGUUUUGCUUCCAAAAAACCGAUGCAACGCCACGGAGUUUUGUUGCUCGAUGAGAUCAAUCUCCGAAAAUCGAUUUCUGUAUGCUCGAAAACCCUCACCUAUUCUGGAUUAGUUGAUUUUGGUGAUGAAGGACCUCAAGCGACGAGUAUAGAGGAUCAAGCGACUCACGGACUUGUGUUAGUGUUUCAACCACUCGCAGACACCUACACGCAGCCAGUGGCAGUCUUUCCAUCAAAAAAUCCCGUGAGGGGCGACGAACUAGCAAAAAUAGUAGUUAAAGCAAUCGUUCUGUUGGAGGAAUCUGGGGCCAUAGUGCAUGGAAUUGUUUCCGAUGGAGCUGCGACAAAUACGAAGAUGAGAAAAAAUCUGGGUAUAAAAAGCACGAUCAAUGAGACUCGGACAUGGUUUACCCAUCCCUUGGAUAAUGAUCGCCGCGUGUUUAUGUUCUCUGACAUACCGUAUCUUGUCAAGAAUGUGAGAAAUCGUUUAUACAACAAGAAAAUACUACGAAUGAACGCAAGGAAUGAUCCGAUCAAAUGGGAAUAUUUUAAAACUCUACACAAAUUGGACAGUAACCAAUUAGGAAACGCUCGAGCAUGUCCUCGGCUGACUUUGAGACACGUAGAAUUAGAUAGCACAGCUAAAAUGCGUGUUAGGUUCGGAACACAGGUGUUAAUGAUACGAUUCGAAUAA